UCUUUCUUUGGUUUUCUUGAGGCCCUCCUCCAACUCUCCAAACCCCAUCAGAAGUUAUGUUUGCCAACAAGAACAUAGAAAAAAAUAGAGCAACACCAAGUCAAAUACAUGUUAUCUCAAACUACCCAUGCAUCACAAAAAUAUCAAAGCUGGCUUCUUCUCUGAGCUUAACUUGUGCAGCAACACCCAAUUUGGUGUGUUAGCUCAUCUCUUCCAUUUCCUCACACAAUCCCACAAAAUAUCCCAUUUCUCUCUCCCUUUUCACUCUUCUGCUCCAUGGAAUUGCCGGUGACAAUGCCGGUUUCUGGUGGCCAGAUAACAACACCAUACAGAAUUGAAACAAGAAAUCUGGGCUACAAAUUAUGUACCCAAUUUGAUGAAAUGAAGUUUGUGUGUUGUGCUACUUCAAGGAGGGUUCCAAGUUUCAUUUUGAAGGAUGUAAACUGUGAAGCAAGGCCUGUAGAGAUCACUGCAAUUGCUGGUCCUAGUGGGGCUGGAAAAACCACACUGCUAGAGAUUCUUGCUGGGAAGAUAUCUCCAAAGAAAGUUUGUGGUCAAGUGCUGGUUAAUGAUCAGCCUAUGGACACCAAAAGUUUUCGGAGAAUAUCGGGAUAUGUCACACAAGAUGAUGCCCUAUUCCCAUUACUUACAGUUGAAGAAACACUCAUGUUUAGUGCUCUGCUAAGGCUUCAUGGUGGGAGAAAAGAGGCUGCAUCUAAAGUGAGACAGCUGAUGAAGGAGCUUGGGUUGGAGCAUGUUGCAGCUUCAAGAAUUGGUUGGGGAUCCAACAAUGGGAUUUCAGGUGGGGAAAGGCGCAGAGUUUCAAUUGGAGUUGAUUUAGUUCAUGAUCCAGGUGUGAUUUUGAUUGAUGAACCAACUUCAGGUCUGGAUUCUGCCUCAGCUUUCCAUGUAGUGUCCUUGCUCAAAACUAUGGUUGUCAAUCAAGGCAAGACUAUUGUUCUGACCAUUCACCAACCUGGUUUUCGAAUCCUAGAGAUAUUCGACCGCAUUAUUCUGCUUUCCAAUGGCACGGUCAUGCAUAAUGGAUCAUUGCAUCUUCUCCAACAAAGACUCAAUUCUGCUGGCCAUUGCCUCCCCAACCAUGUCAAUCUGCUCGAAUUCGCCAUUGAUGUUAUCGGCAGCUUGGAUGGUACACCAACUUCAGAAGCCUUGAACAUCCAUCCUUUCCCUUUGCAAGAAAGGCAUGUAUGCUCUCACAAUUUGGAAGGAAAGCUUCUAAUCUACCCAAAUUCUCGACUCGAGGAAGUUGUUAUACUAGGACAAAGAUUUUGCAGCAACAUAUUUAGAACCAAGCAACUGUUUGUCACACGAGUCAUACAAGCCUUGGUAGCUGGGUUGGUACUUGGGACCAUUUUCUUAAAUGUUGGCAGGGAAAAAGGGAGCAUUGCCUUACAAACCCAAACUGGAUUUUUUGCCUUCAGCCUCACUUUCUUGCUAUCUUCCACAACAGAAGGCUUACCAAUUUUCUUACAAGAGAGAAGAAUUCUAAUGAGUGAGACUUCCAAAGGAGCUUAUAGAGUUUCCUCCUAUGUUAUAGCAAACACCCUCAUAUUUCUUCCUUUUCUUUUCAUGGUUGGUCUUCUAUAUUCCACUCCAGUGUACUGGUUGGUUGGAUUAAGGAGGAACAUUGAUGGAUUUCUCUACUUCUCUCUGGUGGUCUGGAUGGUUCUUCUGAUGUCCAAUUCUGUUGUGGCUUGUUUCAGUGCUCUCGUGCCAAACUUCAUCAUGGGAACUUCAUUGAUUUCAGGGCUCAUGGGAUCUUUUUUUCUCUUUUCUGGGUACUUCAUAUCGAAGGAUAGCAUACCAAGUUACUGGAUUUUCAUGCACUACUCAAGUCUUUUCAAGUACCCUUUUGAGUGUUUUAUAAUAAAUGAGUAUGGAGGCGAGCAGGGAAGAAGGUGCAUACAAAUUGACAAAGAUGGAUGCAAUCUAUUUGGGGAUGGAUUCUUAAGACAACAGGGUUUAAGGGAGACACAAAAGUGGAGCAAUUUAGCUGUGAUGUUUGGUUUCAUAAUUGGUUAUAGAGUGCUUUGUCUUCUCAUUCUGUGGUACAGAUGCUGCAGAAACAGAAACUAGCUAGAUAGUUCUUAUACAAGGAUAUACAAUCGUUAAUGUUAUUUCUCCUUUUAAUUCUUUUGUAUAUUCUUUUUAGGAUGAUCAAACUAUUGUAUCAUGUACUGCUUACUCUGUUCCAAAACUGGGUUUGGUGCCUCAAAUCCAAAACAUCCUGAUUCAUAGAACGUUAUUGGUGCCAGUUUGGAUCGAUUUUAAAAUUUUGAUUUUCGCAUGCCUUCAAAAUAUCCUGAUUCCUCAUAAUUUCGUACCAUGCAUCCGAAUUCAAGCGGAAUCAGAUUAGACAGAAUUCAUCAAAGUUGUAUGAUCUUGAUUCCAUUUCAAUGUUCAUCAACAGUUCUAUUA